AUGGCCUCUCCUCUCUCCACGACGUCUUUCGUUCUUUCAGAGGGCGAGGGCGACACAUCUGCCACUCAGCAAUCGACCCCAUCCCCCGCACCCUUGCACAACACCAACGUGCCCAAUACCUCAACCUCGAAGUCGAAGAUGGCUGCCCUGGUGCAGUCGAUGUCCAACGUCGCCAAUGUUAUUCAUGAUAAGAUUCGCGGGUAUGGAAAUGCGGCCGUGCAACCGAACACCCCAUCCAACUCAUCGUCAACUCCUCCUGCACCUCAUUCUUCCACGUCAUUACAGUCCUCUGUCGAUGCUAACCCCGGUCAAGAACCAUGCAUCAUGUCGUCGACUCCGACAAUCUCAACACCUGUGUCGUCGCGUUCUCCUGAUCUUGUGUUGCCGUCAGCGACGCCUAUUAUCCAAAAACCUGCCCCUCUCAAGCUGAACUCGUCUGCGUCGAUUGCUAGGCCCUACAUUUCUCAACCAAUGCCAAACAGUGCAGAGUUUGAUCCUCUACCCUCCUCACGGGUCACUCCCGCCCCUCGUCUCAGCGACGCUCAAGCUUCUAAACCAUUUAAUGGUGUUGCUAUAAGGCGGAAUGCAUCUACGUUCCCGUCCCACAGUGUAACGGCAUCGACGUCGACCGCCCACAACUCCAUCGCUCUCGACGUCAGCCACGUUCAUGGUGGAACCGAACCAGAGAAAGACAGAAGACCCUCCAAACGAGGGCGCAGCCCAAUAAACGACGGCGACGAUCAGGACGAUGUGAAACCCCCGAAGAGGCAAAAAUCUAAUACGGCUCCUCAGGCACCAUGCUGUGCUGGGAUUAAGCCCGAGGGUCUGUCGACUCAUCGCAAGUCGGAUAUACACAGAGACAGAUUGCCAUCGGAGGAGCAGAACAAGCUCGAGUGGUGGGUUUGUCCCAAUUUUGGGAGUUGCCCAACUCGGCAAAUGCACGGGCGACAAAGCGAAACACGGAAACAUCUCGGGCAGGCGGCUAAUUCAGGGUGUCGGGCAGUCGCGCCCAACCGACCGGUACUCGUAACGGGUCUCCCACUGUUCUUGGUACUGCCGAACAACGACGGCACCGUAUAUUUUUUGCCAACCGAUACUAUCCCGCCUCAAUACCGCGGUAAUUUACAUUGGCUCACCCGCAAAGUGAAAGACCAGAUCAAGAAUCUCGAGGUAAAUACACCUGGCCUCACAAAAUAUAAAAGCCAACCAAAGACAAUCCUGGACACGUAUCCGUCACACCCACCCGUGACGUCUUCCAGCUCGCAGUCCAGUGAGACGAUGUCGAUCACUGACCACAUUCCGUCAGCCACGCCCGUAUAUUGGGGGCCUCCAGGAGCAUCUCAAGCCACUCCCGUAGCUACGACAGCUACAGCCACAGAUACUCCCUCGUCACCCACGAAUGAUGAGCGCUCUACGCUUCCAUGCUCUCAUACGGCGCCUCCACAGAGCUCAACCUCACGAUAUCUGUCUUCGACGUCUACGUCGACGGACGCCCCCGCUUCCACAACUCCUUCAUCCUCUCUCCCGGCGGCCUCUUCGCAUGUCCCGAUAACUUCGAGUCCAGAUAUUUCUGUUGUCCCACGUCCAAUUUCUGGCCCAUCCGCGGCGCGUUCGAUGACUGACUCUAGUGCUUCUCGAACCGCAUCCUUGAGCUCCGCUACACCAAUGAGGUCUCCGCAGGCUCCUGCUAAUCCCCCACCUCCCGCGCCUCUCCCACGUAUGGCCGUCCAGUCCCAUCUGUUAUCCUCUACCCCUGCCCCUCCCUCGAACAUGCCUGGCAAUUUGGUUGAAUCUGUUGUUCCAAACGCGAGCUCUUCAGUGUUUACAGGAGCGUCAGCUUCAAGACAUGCCGUCGACUCUCGGAUGGCUCCAUAUGCUCAAUUGGACGCUAACACUCGACAGGCUAUAGCCCGAAAUAUGAGCGAAUCGGAUCGUGUCAUCGACGAAAUCCAGCGACUGAACUCUGGACGGCCUAUAGACCUGACCCACUACCGACUGAAGUAUUCGAGGCCUUCCUUUGGCAUCCCCCCUAGCUAUACUACGCGCUCAUUCGCAUCGAGGUCCGGGCGCUCCGAUUCAUCGUCCAUGUCUUCGUAA